AUGCUGGGGUUAUACAUUGUGGUGCUAGCAACAUUGGCAAUACAAACACUGCAUUUUAUCUCUGAUGGCCAGCUCUGCGGAAUAUGUUGGUAUGACACAAAUAUACUGUACGUAGCUACACCUAUUUGUAUCUCAAAUCAAGAAAAACACAACAUGUGUGGAUGUCUUGAUAUUCCCCAGAACACCUGCAGUCUUUCCUGCUUUAACAGUGGCCUUCAGGAAAUCAAAGAUCAUCUUAAUGAAACUAAACUCCUCUCCAGAUUCUCUAUAAUGAGGACUGCAUGCAAGGUAAGGGAUUUUGUAGUGGACGUAUCAUGUGCAAAAUCAUGUGAGACAUCAUCAUUUGGGAAUUGGUAUUCGUUUCUGGAAGAGCUACAUAGUGCCUUUCAACAAAUAGCAGGUGAAGCAGAAAGCAAAUAA